AAAUGUUUAUAUCUUAAAAUACCCUAAUUUAUUUGACGAUGGCCGAUUUACUAUUAAAUAAACUAAUUAACCGAGAAAUCGAUGCAGAUUUGUUUUUAACAUGGCUCACCAACCCACAGAACGAAGACCCAAAAUAUGGGGAAAUCAAUGGCCACAACUGCACAACCACCGAUUUUGUAUCGUAUUUUUUGAACUUUCUUCACGAACAAGUGCCCAGGAAAAGACAAACACCAAUAAAACUGAACACCCCCAAGCGUCUAGAAACGUCCAACAACUCCGACAGGGAGGCAAGCAGAAGGAGUUUAUUCAGCGUCAAGAGUGAACCCGCAGAAAGUUUUCACAGCACCCCAAAAAACAAGUUGUUGAACACCACCAUCGAUAACAGUUACAUGAGCCCUGUGUCGCCUUUGUACAAAAACGCGAGCAACAGUAAAAAGGGCACGUUGUGCCUCGGUGAUUUUAUAGUGAACAAAAAAGGUAGUGGUAAGAAAAAGACGCCAAAAAGCCUUCAUUUUGAUGACAAAAACGAAAGCAGAACUAAACGAAUAACGCCCACCACUUUAAACAAUAAAAAGACCAACAGACUGCAAGAAUGCGAGAACAGUUUCAAUUUCCAGCCAAUCGAGGAGGUUGAACUGAAUUCACAGUCCCAAAGAUUGUUCAUGGCUGAGGAAAGGAAAAAGAUUCUGACUAGGGACAUUCCAAUGCCUAAAAUAAUAAACACUAGUAGUUUUAAUAAUAGGACACUUGAAACUGAGGCUGAGACUCACCUGGUGACUUACUGUGAAAAUUUAUUGGUAGUUGUAAAGAUUUAUGUAUUUUUGUUAAGGCACAAGUGGGUGCUUAAUGUUACAAGUGAGAUUUACUUUGUUGUUUCAUUGUUGUUAACUAAAGAAUUUAGUGGUGAUAUGAGUUGUGAUAGUAUGGAAGUAACAAAUUUGGAUCAAAGUUUUAACUUCAGUGAAGAGAAACUGGCAAAACAGUUAUAUAACUCAGAUAUAUUUAAUAGUUUACAUAACGUUGUAUUUUUUGCUGUUAAAUGCUUAGAACAACUUCUAGAUUUAUUAAAUUGUUACGACAAAUCCACAUUAAAAUUACUAAGCGACAACAAAAGGUUGCAAGAAUUUUCUCCAGCUUUUUCUGAAGCUUUGAAUCGUGCUUCGGAGGCGAAAACCGAAAGGAUAAUUGAGCUACAAAGUGGCAACAAUCAGACGAACAUUUGCUUCGAUUUGGACAACGACAAACGGGAGAAUUUCCCCAAUGAUCAGAGCUUCCACUCAUUCAGGAAACAAAGGGAUUUGUUUUACGAAAUAUUAAGAAUAUGGGAAAACAAUCAUUUAAUCGCCGGCUGGAGUUUUACGAUGAGUUUAUCGGGAAAAAUAAAAAGUUUGUUGGGUUUAAGCGUCGAUCCGGCGAAUUUUAUGCAUUUUUCAAGGCUAUUCAAGGCGCAACUUUUGACCAGUUGCACGAAAUUACAACACGAGGAAGGUUUUUCGGAAAGUCAAGUCCCCUUUUUGGCCAACCUUCCAAAUUUGGACGCAGAUAAACUGAACAGAUUAAAGAGUCGGCUGGUUACGAAACAGUCGUCUAAUGGUAUUAAUUCGCCGCCCACAUUCCAAGACAGUCAGGAGUUCUACCGAGACUUUGUGGCCAUCGCAAACCACCACAUAUUCAACAAGCAUCUUUGCGACAGUCUCAUCAAUGAAAUUAUCGACCUUAACAAUAGCAAAUUUGAUGGAAUCAAUUCUGAAAAAGAAGUGGACAUUUCAACAAAGCAGAGUUAUUCAAAUUGCAUCAAAUCGUUGCGAGUUCUGGCGAAAUUUUUGGGAUUUAUUGAGGCUCUCCCUUAUAAAUAUGAUGCAAAUUUAAAUGAAACAGUUUUGACGAUCCAAAUAUCGCUCAGAAAAGAGAUUAGACCAACGUUUGACGUUAAAACAAUCUUACAAAACUCCAUCCAGGAGCGUAAACUUGUCCUAAUCAUUCCUUGGCUAACAAAAUAUUUAGCCAUGUUGGAUUAUGUGACACUCAGAACCCCUUAUUACAUGGAAGUAAACGAGAUCUUGUUUAAAUUGUACCAAAACUGUGGUGUUGCAUCUUUUAACAGUUGUUUAAUCGAGAUUUGUUUGGGAUGGUUGUUCGAACUGCCUCAUUUUCCCGACAGUCACUUCUUCAAAAACCUCCAUCCCAAACUAGACACGUUGAUCGCUGCAACCGACGUUCUGGACGAACUGGAAAUAAUCGACCAGAACAUAUUAUAUACGUGCUGUCCAUAUUUGAAGGAGAUGAAACGUCUGCUGAGCAACAACUCAUGCCUUUCCACCGUGACGGUCAAACACAUAACGCCGGUGACGGCGCAAACGUGCAAAGACCUGGCCAAAAAGAAACUGGAGGUCAGUUUGCAGGAGGCGUUUUUCAACGGACAGCCCGUGUCUGUGCGUAAAACAGUGGAAUUCGUGAGCGAACGUGUGGCGUCCACGUGCGUAAAGCACAUCUGCAACACUCUGGUGCCCGACUACAAACAGCAGGCGGUCGAGGAGCUGAAAUUGGCAAUGGAACAGUGCAAAGUCGAAGGCGAGGAGGAGAACAAAAAGAUGGUUCACAUUAAAGGGGAACAGUUGGCUUCAACUAAUUUGCAACGUCUGAGGCUUAAAUGCGAGGAGGACUGUACGAGAAUUUCCGAGAACAAGAUAAAAUGUGCCAUUGAGGCUCUUGCAGCACUGGACACGUUACCAGCUGUGCAGAAAACAUGCAUAACGAUUGCGUUGAAGAUGUGCAAGGAACGAGUGACGCAGUGGACGAAUUCUCACUUAACCCCAGGGUUGUUUAUUAAAGAGUUUGAAAGGGAGCUUAAAAAGACGGAGCAAGAGGAUCCGGAUGACACUCCCAAACCACUUCACUGUUUACCGCCAGGUGGUGAAGACUACCACAACGAAGAAGCGUUGAGUCCUGCCCAAAUGAUUGAGCGGCUCCGGGACUUUUCUAUUGCCAUUAUAGAAAAGCACAAGACAAUUGACCAAGAUUUAGUUCUGGAAGUGCUGGAGGAAACCCUCGACACCAUAACUCAAAGAGGUGACAUAAACGAAGGAAUAACUGGCAACAUGUGCAGCCUUUUGGUCGAUAUUUAUUUGUUAUUAACCGCCCACUUUUAUACUAUAAUAAACCACAAUGUACUACUAAAAUUUGUAGAUAUUUGGAAGAAAUAUUACACACAUCCUGAUGCUUUGUUUAACGGCGUCCUGUCGCCGAGAAAUGUUUUCUUAUUAAAUCAGUCUAAUGAUCAUAAAAAUUGUUGGGAGAGUUUGGGUAAAAGUCUGGCGUUUUUAGUUAAACAGGGGGUAAUUAAAACUGAAUCUUUUGAGGAGCAUUGUACCGCCGUUUUUAGGACUGAAUGGGACGAGGUGUCGCUGAAGAAUUUGACAAAUUUUAUGCGAGUUUUUAUUUCGCAACAUAAGGACUAUGGAGGUAGCUGCGACGCCUUCGUUUUGCUUUUAGAGUUUCUGUCAGAGUUUUGUGUUGAUUUGUGAGCUCGUUAUUUAUUUUAUAGGAAUAAACGUUUUAAUUUUA